AGGGGUGGGGCCUAGAGUUCAGUUAAAUUAGCUUUGGAGACUAGGACUGAAGAGUUAAGACAGGUGGCAUGAUAGCAUCACCAGAAGAGGAAAGGGAGAAGACGUGGGGGUUGAAAAAGAGAAUAACUUCAGUGAGAAGUAGCAGCUGAGGCCUGUGAAGGAAGAAGGCACAACACCAAAUGGGAACACAAAGAAACCAGAAGAUGGAUUUUAACAGAAGGCAUUAUGUCUUAAGGAGGAAAGACAAAUGGAAAGAGAAUUGAGGAGGGAAAAGAACAGAGAAGCUGAGUGGCCGGAGGAAGAGGCGCGGCUCACCCCACCUCAGAGCCAUCCCUUGACCUGGAGCUGGAUUUCAGGCUAACAGGGCGGCCUGGCAUUCGAGAGUGCUCUCCAUGGAUCUGCUGUGUUACCACGGCCCUCUGAGCAAGCGAGACUGUGAGACCUUGCUGCUCCAGGAAGGGGUGGAUGGCAACUUUCUGUUAAGAGACAGCGAGUCCAUGCCAGGAGUCCUGUGCCUCUGUGUCUCAUGCUCAUUGUACAUAUGUCUCCCAUGGCUGAACCUAAUCAGAAGCCCAAGGGCAAGGGAGCCCAGCUUGGGGUCUCAGAAGUCAGAGCACAGGGCAGAAUGGGGAAGGUUAAACAGAGGAUCUGGAGAUACAGAGAAUAUCCACCACAGGUUUAAAAAUUUUGUCUACACAUACCGAAUCUUCAGAGAGAAACACGGGCAUUACCAGAUAGAGACUGUGGAAGGUGCUCCAAAACAGAUCUUUCCAAACCUAAAGGAAUUGAUCUCCAAAUUUGAAAAACCAGGUCAAGGGCUGGUGGUUCACCUUAUAAAGCCAAUAAAGAGAACAACCCCCUACAUGAGAUGGAGAAGAUUGAAAUUAGAGUUGGACGGCAUUUACGAGAACAGCAAUGUGUAUACCAACGUCUUGCCUUGAAGAUAAGGACACUGGACACAGCAAGUUAGAGAAGCGAUGGGUAACAGCUGUCCCCAGUGACCCACUUCUGCAGGUGUAGGACCAGAAUGCCAAACCCCAGCGGACAAUUCAGACUCUCCUGGUCUGGGUCACUGAAGAUGUUCUGUCCACAAGCAUCAGAGGUCACUCCCCAUACUCCUACCUCCCAAGCAUAGGCCAGGAACAAUUUCAAAGCCCCGCUUCAUUCUCACUCUUCUGUCUUGGAAUGGGACAGCCUGAACCUUAUUCUCCUUGACUUGUCAAAGGUACUGCCACUACAUCACAGUUGACACCUUCCUCCUGACUGUGCAGAGAGACAGCUUCAUGCAAAGGAGAGAGCACUCGGCUGCGAGUUUGAAGCCCUGAGAUCCGGUGCUGUGG